AUGACUGGCCAAUCCUUAAGUGAAGUAAGGAGUGCUACAAUGGAGCAUGUGCAAGCGAUUGUCACACUGAGGUUAGGGAGACAAAAGGACAAUCAGGUAGUUGAGCAAGAAGAAGAUCCUGCGGGGCAGGAAGGGGAAGAGUGUGGCAACAAGGAGAAGAGAGAUGCUAAUCCAUCUAUAGCCACACCCAUUGUUGAGGACCCUCCUAGUUCAUUUGUGCCUAAAGCACCUUACCCUGAAAGGUUGCAAGCACUCAAGAGAGGAGGGAAGUUUGAGGACAUUCUAGAGGUGUUCAAGCAGGUCCAAAUCAAUAUCCCAUUUUUGGACGCCAUCCAACAAGUACCUUCAUAUGCCAAGUUCUUAAAGGACUUGAUUACAGUGAAGAGGAAGACGAAUGUUCCAAAGAAGGCAUUCCUAAUCGAGCAGGUUAGUUCAAUCUUGCAAUGCAAGUUGCCCCUCAAGUACAAGGACCCUAGGUGUCCUACUAUUACUUGCAUGAUAGGAGUCAGCCGGAUUGAGAGGGCAUUAUUGGAACUGGGAGCAAGUGUAAAUUUGUUGCCCUACUCAGUCUAUGUGCAGUUGGGGCUAAGAGAGUUGAAGCCCACAUCCACGACACUGCAAUUGGCUGACAGGUCAGUGAAGGUUCCACGGGGAAUAGUUGAGGAUGUCUUGAUUAAGGUGGAUAAGUUUUAUUUCCCCGUGGAUUUUAUUGUGCCUGACACAGAGCUGGUUCAUAAUGUGGGAAGUCAAAUACUGGUGAUCUUAGGGUGA